AUGAUCCUGAAUGAGUCGCCGUCGAUGCAGGCGGCGGCGCCGCCAGCGGCGGCCGGCGCGGGCGCGGGAUCCGCGGAUGCAGGAGCUGCGGGAAUGGGCGGAGCGGGAUCUGCGGCGGCGGCGACGAUCGGACGGUCGCAAACGAUUCCAGAAGGGGGGGAGUUGGCGCCGACGGCGGAAGCAAACCGGAGAGGCGAGGCGGGAGCUGCGGCGGGCGGAGCGGCGGCGGGCGGCGGCGAGAGAAGACGACUGGUGAAAAUGGCAUCCGAAGGGAGCACACUUCUCAAACGUAAUUGCCCCCUCGUUUCCUCUCUCCCCCCCCCUUUCCCUCUCUCCCCCCCCCUUUCCCCCUCUCCCCCCCCCCCCCCCCCCCUCCCCCCCCCCCCCCCACCCCCCCCCUUUCUUCACCCCUUUACCUCGCUCUUGUCCCUUCCCCCUUCCCCUCCCCCAUCUUCCUGCCACCCCUCCCCUCAACCCCCUCUCAUCAUCCCGUUCCCCGUGCAUUCCCCCUCAUCCCCUCCUUCUGAGGACAGCGGCGUUGCGAUGAAUCAGCUCUGCUCACCCGCCAUUUUUGUGGGGCGCGGACUGGAGGAGGCGGCAGCUAGGGCGCAGGGGGAAGGGGCGCGCGCUGGUGCUCUGGCGGAAGAGGCGGAGGAUGCUGUUGCUCCGCUUCCACAGACGAAAAUAGAGGCUUGUCCGAAAGCAGUGGCAGCAGCACAUGGCAUGGCAAGGCAUAUAGCGUCCAUGCACCCUGUGCUGCUGCAGUGCCUCCGCUCCAACCGCGUCCUCUAUCCCCGCUCCCUUCCCCCUUCCCCAUCCUCCGCAUCCUCCCCAUCCUCCCCGUCCCCCCAUCAUCCUUCUCUUCUCCCCCCCACACAGCCUUGGGGAUGGAUGGAUGUCCGGAGCCUGUUCACCCCAGAAAGCGUGGACGCCCUUGAAAAAGCAGUGGCAGCAGACGACAUCGCGUCCAUGAACCCUGUGCUGCUGCAGUGCCGCCUUUCUUACCGCCCCUUUUACUCCAUCCCCUUGCCCCGGCCCCUGCUCCCUCCCCAAUCCCCUCCCCUCCUGCCUCCCCUGCAGCCUUGGGAAUGGACCACCAACCCAGGAAACAACAUCAUAAGCAUAGACCUAGAGCCCAUUACACCGCUCGACCCGGCAGUAGACGGGGCAGGCGCGCCGCUCACCCACCGGCUGGCCCUCUCGGCAGUGAAGCGGCUGCAGAAGGUGGCGCCAGGGAAUAUCAGCGCGCUGUGCCAGGUGGUGGUGGAGGAGGUGAGAGAGUUGACUGGGUAUGACCGCGUUGUGGCUUAUAAAUUCCAUGAGGACGGCCAUGGGGAGGUUGUGGCGGAGGACAUGCGGAAAAGGCGGCGGAAGGGAGGGGGAGGGGGAGGGGGAGGGGGAGGGGGAGCGGGAGUGGGGAAGAAGGGAGGGGCGGAAGAAGGGAGGGAGGGGAGCGAGGCGGGGAAAGAGAGGGAGCAGCAGGGGGAGGAAGGGGAGCAAGGGAAGGGGGCGGACGGGGAAGAAGAGGAGGGGGAAGAAGAGGAGGGAGGCAUGGAGCCGAUCCUAGGCUCUCACUUCCCAGCAACGGACGUACCACAGGCCACGCGUCUGCUCUUCUUCCAGACGCGUUCGCGCAUGGUUGCCGACUGCCAGUCCCCCUCUAUACCCCUCCGCCAGCACCCCCUCUCCGCCCCGCACCCGCUCAAGCUCGGGGGGUCGACUCUGAGAGCGGUGGACCCGUGCCACGUGCAGUAUAUGUGCAAUAUGGGGAUCAGAGCAUCUUAUGUGCUUGCUAUUAUGGUGCCCACGCGCGGGGCGAACGCGCUGGGGCAGCCGGGGGGAGGAGGGGGCGGGGGCGGGCAUGGGGGGGGGCCGGCUGGCGGGGCGCAGUUUGCAAGGAGUCAGUCGGGGGGGAGCCAGCAGGGCGGAGGGGGAGGGGAAGGGGGGGGAGGGACGGGAAGGUUGGAUCAGCAGCAGCAGGGGAAGCAGGGUGUUGUUCUUGCCCGGAGCACCAGUGAGGGGGAGGGCAGGGGGAGGGCAGGGGGAGGGCAGGGUGGGAGGGCAGGGGGAGGGCAGGGUGGGAGGGCAGGGGGAGGGCAGGGGGAGGGCAGGGUGGGAGGGAGCUUCAAUCGCCCCUCCCCAUCCAUUUCCCCCUCCCAAACCCUUCCCACCUCCCCUUUCCAGGCAUUCGGGCUCCAGCUGUCAGUGGAGCUCAAGAUAGCCGCCCAGCUGCACGAGAAGCAGAUCCUUCAAAUCCAGUUUCUCCUCUGUGAUACUCUCCUCACCGACAACCCUGCGUUCGGCCUGCAACUCUCAGGGGAGCUCGAGAUAGCCACCCAACUCCACGAGAAACGGAUUCUCCAGAUCCAGUCCCUCCUGUGCGACACGCUGCUCACGGACAACCCCAUCCGAGCGCUCGUGUCCUCCGCCCCCAACAUCAUGGACCUCCUCCCCUGCGACGGGCAGAGGGGGUAUGACUUCCAAGGCGCCUCAAAUGUUCCCCAUCAUCCCUACCUCCCCCUCUCUCAACUCUCUCCUAUUAAUUCCUCCCUCCUCUCCCCCUUUCCCCCAACAUUUGGCCUCCAGCUGUCAGUGGAGUUGGAGAUCGCUGCCCAGCUCCACGAGAAACAGAUUCUCCAAAUUCAAUCUUUAUUGUGCAACACCCUACUCACGGACAAUCCCGUCCGUGCGCUCAUGUCCUCCGCGCCCAACAUCAUGGACCUCCUCCCCUGCGUUGCUGGAGGAGAUGCCUUCCAAGGCAAGGCGUUCGGCCUGCAGCUCUCAGUGGAGCUCGAGAUCGCCGCCCAGCUGCACGAGAAGCAGAUUCUCCAAAUCCAAUCUUUAUUGUGCGACACGCUGCUCACGGACAACCCCAUCCGAGCGCUCGUGUCCUCCGCGCCCAACAUCAUGGACCUCCUCCCCUGCGACGGCGCCGCCGUGCUCUUCCGCGGGGAGCUCUCCCGCCUCGGCGUCUGCCCUUCAGAAGACAUGAUCGGGGAGCUUGUGCGGUGGCUGCAGAGGGAACACUGCGGGUCCAGUGGGCUGAGCACGGAUAGCCUCAAGGGUGCUGGGUUCCCGUACGCGGAUACGCUUGGAGUGGACGUGUGUGGGAUGGUUGUCGUGUGCUUCUCUCCUGCCGACGAGCAGCAGCAGCAGCAGCAGGAGCGGCAGCAGCAGCAGGGGAGGGAGACUGCGUCGCCUGUCCCGCCUUCACCAUCCGGCAGCAGCACCAGCGGCGCUGGCGGCGGGAGCAGCUUCAGCGGCUUGAGCGGCGGCGGCGGUGGUGUGAGCAGUGUGAGCGGCAUCACGGGGGAUUACCUGUUCUGGUUCCGGUCGCACGUGGAGAAGUCGAUCAAGUGGAGCGGCGCGCGGCACAACCCCCUGGAUGUGGACGAUGCAAAGAAGCGCCACCCCCGCGCGUCCUUCAAGGCGUUCCUGGAGGUGGUGAAGCACCGCGCGCUGCCGUGGGCCGAUGUGGAGGUGGAUGCUGUUCACAGCCUGCAGGACCUGCUGUGCAAGUCCGUGCGGCGCAAGGAGAGCAUGGGGCGACUCAUCUCCAUGGGCAAACAGAACAACAGCGAGCUGGCAGUGGCAGCGGACGAGCUGGUCCGUCUGAUCGAGACGGCGUCUGCGCCGAUCCUGGCCGUUGAUCUGGAGGGCAACAUCACGGGGUGGAACGGCAAGGUGGCGGCCAUCACAGGGCUCUCCUUCUCCGACGCCAUCGGCCAAUCGCUGCUCGACACCUGUCUCGACCCGUCCUGUGUGGACAAGACGAGGACCGCGUUUGAACUCGCUCUGGCAGGCGAGGAGCAGCAGCAGCUGGAGCUGAAGCUCAAGCGGUGGGGGUCAGUUCCCCAGGGCAAGGGGCCUCCCACGCCCUACGCCAUCCUGCACGUGAACACGUUUGUGAGCCGCGACUCGGAGAAGAGCAUCGUGGGGGUGUGCUUCGUGGGGCAGGACGUGACGGAGGAGACAGCUGCCAGGACGCGAUUCGUGCGCAUACAGGGCGACUUCACCACCAUCAUCAACACACACAACUCCCUCAUGCCGCCCAUCUUUGCCACCAACGCAUCUGGCUUCUGCACCGAGUGGAACCCAGCCAUGGAGAGCAUCACGGGCCUCAAGCGCUCCCAGGUGCUGGGCUGCAUGCUCCCAGGAAUCAUCUUUGGCCGCAUGUGCCAGCUGGCGAACGAUGAUUCGCUCACGCGGCUGCUCAUCAUGCUGUCGCGGGCCAUGGCAGGGCAGGACGCUGGUGGCGAGGAGAAGACGCACUUUGCCUUCCACAAUGCCAAGGGUCGUAUGGUGGAGGUGCUGCUGACGGUGCAGCAGCGGCUGGGCGGCGAUGGGAGGGCAGCAGGGGCGUUUGGAUUCCUCCACGUGGCAAGCCCUGAGCUCAUGCAGGCGCUGGCCGUGCAGCAGAAGGCAGAGGGGUUAAUCGAGCGGCAUUCCAAGCAACUCGCCUACGUGAGGCAGGCCAUGGCAGGGGCAGUGCACGGCAUGGUGCAUGCACGCUCCCUGCUGCACCGCUCCCUCCUCGACGCCUCCCCGCUCUCGCCCUCCGCUCACGCCGCCCCGUCUGCCGCCGCCCCGGGCGGCAAGGUUUGGCAGUUUAUGGAGGCGAUGGCGAGGUGCGACGCGCAGCUGAUGCGCCUGCUGCACACUCAGAUGGAUCCGCUGGGCGGCGGAGAGGGCGGCGGUGGUGGGGCUGAUGCUGCUGUGUUCUCGCACCCCAGCAUGCUGCCAUUCACGCCCUCAGCGCCUUUCACAAUGGCAUCACUCAUCAACACAGCCGUCUGCCAAGCCAUGCAGCACGCCAUUCGCCGCUCCAUCGACCUGACCUAUGACGCGCUGCCAGAUGUCGCCUCCACGCGCCUCGUGGGCAACCAGCUGCUGCUGCAGCAGGUGCUGGGCGGCAUCACUGUAGCGGCCGUCAAGUCCACCCCGUCGGGCGGCACCGUUCGUCUGCAGCUGGCGCCCAGCCCCAGCCGCAUGCUGGCAGUGGAGAUAGAGCUGCGAGAUGCGGGGUCUGGUGCUGCAGCUAGCGCCCAGCCCCAGCCGCAUGCUGGCCGUGGAGAUAGAGCUGCGGUGAGUAGAAGGGCGAGGGGGAGUGAUGGGGCGGGGAGAGGGGUGAGGAGGAGUGGUGAGGUGAGGGGGGUGAGGAAUGGAUGGCGUGGGGAAGGAGGGAACCGGCCGGGGAUUGAGGACGCCAUAAUCCAGCACAUGUUUGGCCUUGCCUCGUGCCCUGAGGAUUCACCUGAGGCGUCGUACCAGGCGCAUGCGCUCGUCUCGUACCGCUCGCUGCUGCGCCAGAUGCACGGCGAUGUGCACUACCUGCGGCAGCCCAACAAGGACUUAAAGCCCGAGAACUUUCUUGUAUCGAGCGAAGAGGAGGGCGCGCCGCUUAAAGCCGUCGACUUUGGACUGUCCGCGUUCUAUAGGCCAGGCCAUCUGCUGCACACAGUAGCGGGCAGCGCGUUCUACAUGGCGCCAGAGGUCAUCCGAGGCAGCUACGGCCCGGAGGCCGACCUGUGGAGCGUGGGGGUCGUUCUCUACAUCCUGCUCUCGGGAUCUCCGCCCUUCUGGGCAGAGACAAACGAAGGGAUAUUUGAGGAGAUUCUGUGGGGCCACGUGGACCAAUCAGAGGAGCCAUGGCCGCAGGUUUCAACAGAGGCGAAGCAGCUGGUGCUGAGUCUGCUGCAGCAGCAACCAGAGAGACGACCGACAGCAGCACAGCUCAUGGAGCAUCCGUGGGUGAGGGAGGGAGGCACGGCGGCAGACACACCGCUAGCGCCGGCAGUGAUCACUCGGCUGAAGCGCUUUGCAGCCAUGAACCGACUCAAGCGCCUCACUCUGAAACUCAUCGCCUCGCACGUGUCUGACGCUGAGGCCAUGGGGUUGAGAGAGAUGUUUAAAGCCAUGGAUGGGGAUGGCAGUGGGACGAUUUCCUUGGCUGAGCUUCGGAAUGGGGUUGAGAGGCUCGGUGAUACCGUGCCUAAGGAGCAACUUCGGCAAAUGAUGGCAGCGGCUGACGUGGACAGCAGUGGCAGCAUUGACUAUAACGAGUUUGUGGCAGCAACGAUGCGAGUCAGCAGGGAGACCAGAGAGGCUCACCUGCAGCAGGCGUUUGCCCACUUUGACACCGAUGGCAAUGGCCAAUCCGACGUCCUUGUUAUUGGCAGAUUCAUCACAGGGGAUGAGUUGCGCGGUGCACUGGAGAAGGAAGCCGGGAGUGCUGGGGUUGGCGAGGCGGAGAUAAAGAGAAUAUUUGCUGACGUGGACGCUGAUCAGGUAAUGCAGGAGGCUGUGAGUGAUAAGUUGAGACAGGAGGCAGUGAGUGGUAAAGUGAGACAGGAGCGGUCAAAUCACACCCAUUUCCUUCCCCGUUUUCUUGCUUUUCGCGUCGCAUGA